AUGGAGCGGGAGGUAGCCCAACAAUUGCUUUUACAUUUUUUAGAAAAACGCGGGGUGGAUACGGGAGUUUUAAAGUCGGUACCGAACGUUUUAGAUUUUGGGCGAUCGGCGGGGGUGUUCUUGCAUGCAGGAACCUUAUUUAAUGUUGAUGAGUGGCGUACGUGUGGUGAUAUACUUUGGGAUCAGGUGAUUGAUGAUAAAAAGGAGGCUAAGAAAUUGAUGAAGCCUUGGAGAGAGAUUAUUAACUGUAUUAAGAGACACAAGGUGGAGCAGGAUAUGGCCGGUCAGGCAGCUCAGCAAUUGGGGGUUGGGACAGCUACGGGGAGAAUCCAGGAUCCCCCUCAUCCAUCUAUGGGCAUCCCUGUCCCCGUUAAGUUGGAUAAUUACGUUUUGCCCAGCGCUCCUCGAAAGGAAGAGUCGGAUUCUGAGCCCGACUUAUUCCCUGAGGAGGAAGGUAAUGGGGAUUUGCCCCCCCCCCCUCCUCCACUUGCCUCUGCACCUGUGCCGGCGGGGGCUUCGCCAAGGAGAAAUGAACAAAAGGGCUGUGACAAUGUCACUCAAAUAGGGAAAAAUAGACGGGUUACAAGACUUAAUUGGUCUAAGAUUGCGGAACAAGCCGCACAUCAGGGGGAAAUGGAUAUAGUGGAGGUUGUGAGUCAAGCUUUUCCAAUUCGUUACGAUGCAGGACCGGAUGGUGAGGUUCACGGGGUACAUGUGCCAAUCGGUUGGAAAACGUUAUUUCAGUUGCGGGCUACAGUGGCCGAGCAUGGGUUACAUAGUGAACCGGCUCGACAGCUGUUGACGUAUAUGUGGGCUAGUAGCAUUUUGGUUCCGGAGGACAUAAAAACUAUAAUGCACAUGAUUAUGAAGCCCUCUGAGCAGAUGUUGUGGCAAGCACAUUGGCGGCGGCUGUGUGAGCUGUCUGCACAGACCCCGCGGGAUAUGCACCACCCGUUGUUUCAGGUUACAGUUGAUCAGUUGACAGGCAGCAAUAUGUUUUCUCACCCUGACAUUCAGGUCCAGAUGGGACCUGAAGUUUGUAUGGAGAGUAUGAACUUGGCGUGGGAUGCAUAUAACAUGGUAAAGACGUCAAAGCCGACACCAUCAUACUUAUCAAUUAAGCAGGGCAGAGAGGAAACUUUUGCUAGCUUCGUUGAUAAAUUGACUGAGGCAUUGUCGCAUGCCGAUGUGCCAGACUGGAUGCGUGCUUCUCUGUUACGUCAGUGCGUUCUUGAAAAUAGUAAUUCCGUUACGAAAUCUGUCUUAGCUACAUUGCCUCUGAAUGCUACUCUAGAGGAGAUGUUAGAGCGCAUGAACUGUGUACUUACGGCGGCUCAGGCAAUGUUAGUGGAGGCUGUGCGAGCGGUGGGAGAGACUAUAAGUGAACGCCUGGCUACUACUCAUAAUCAGGCAUUUGUGGCAUUCGCUCCGUUGUUGCAGAGCAAUAACAAAAAGCAGAGUGAAUCAGCUAAAGGGAAGCAGCGAUGUUUCCGAUGCGAGCGCGAGUCGCCGCGCAACGACAACAGUAGCGACCUCGGCAAACAAUGCGUUGCCGACUCUGACCGCUCCGGCUCCGCCGUCCUCUCCCCAGCCACCCCCGGCAGCCUCGGCUUGGACCUGGCAACCGCAGUAGAUAUCACGUUAAUCGACACUAGACCACAGAAGAUUGCCUCGGAAGUAAAGGCACCGAUUUUAAUUAAUGGACAGCCUGUUGGAGCUUUGCUCAUUGGUCUCUCCUCUACUGGGGGGCCUCGCACUUUUGACUAUGCCUCUGCAUACGAGACCAGUGGUUCCGAUUGCAUUGACUCAUCAGCAACGCACUAUUACUAUCCGAGCGUUGUUAGAUACUGGCGCAGAUAUUACUAUUGUAGCAACGAGUGCCUGGCCCCGACAGUGGCCGACGGAGUCGGUCGGAAAGGGGGUGGAAGGAGUUGGUGGAACUGUUCCGGUGUCUCGCAGUUUGGAUCCAAUUACGGUGACAUUAGAAAACCGCUCUGCGCAAUGCAAAAUUACAGUAAUGCCCCUCCCGGUGGGUGUUUCGGCGCUAGUCGGCCGAGACGUACUGGACCAGCUGGGUGUUAUCCUCACCAAUUCAGAGUCUUCGGGUUUUCCCUAACGGCCACUGCAUGGGCUUUCCCGAUCCGAUUGUGAUGGAUUUCUGAUCAUCCCAUUUGGAUUGAUCAGUGGCCGUUGAAACAGGAAAGCCUGCAGCAUGCCAGUCAGUUGGUACAAGAGCAAUUGCAGCAAGGGCAUAUCGUGCCUUCUACCAGCCCUUGGAAUACUCCUAUUUUUGUGAUUAAGAAAAAAUCGGGGAAAUAUCGGCUGCUACAUGAUCUGCGUGCUAUUAAUAAUCAAAUGCAAGCAAUGGGGGCAUUGCAACCAGGAUUGCCAAACCCAUCGAUGGUCCCGGAGUCAUGGCAUCUGUUAAUAAUUGAUCUGAAGGAUUGCUUUUUUACAAUCAAAAUUCACCCCGAUGAUUCAGAACGCUUUGCUUUUACAUUGCCAGCAAUCAAUAAGAGCAUGCCAGCGGCGCGCUAUCAAUGGGUCGUGCUUCCUCAGGGGAUGAAAAAUAGCCCUACCUUAUGCCAGUUGUUUGUUGAUUACGCGUUAGCACCGGUUAGAAAAGCUUGGUCUCAUGCUAUCAUUUAUCAUUACAUGGAUGAUAUCUUGUUUGCUCAAUCUGAACCUUUUACUAUGCAACAAGAAGUCUUCCUACAGGAGCAAUUACAGAAAAACGGCUUGCAGAUAGCACAAGAGAAGAUACAACGGGAAGCGCCUUGGAAAUACCUGGGAUGGAUAAUUACAGAAGGGACUGUCCGCCCACAAAAGCUUAACGUUAACUGUGAGUUACGAACCUUGAAUGAUGUCCAACGAUUUUUUGGUGACCUCCAAUGGUUGCGGCAGGUAAUCGGCUUUAGCUCAAAGGACCUUAAUGAGUUACGGCCGCUAUUGAAAGGCACAGACCCAGCAGCCAGGGUGUCUUUGACAGUCCGACAGGCACAAACUGUGCAACAGCUAUUACAACAGAUAGCAACGAGGUCAGUAUCUCGCCGGUUACCUGAUGUUCCAUUGUCUUUAGCCAUUUAUCUUACAGACUCACAGAUAUUGGGAGCGAUCGUACAGGAAAGCCGAAUACUGGAGUGGCUCUUUCCGCCUCUGCAACCCCGUAAGACAGUACAAAUGAAAGUUGAAACUAUCGCUGAUCUGGUAAGAAAAGGUAGCCUUAGAAUUCAAGCUAUCGCUGGUUCUGAACCUGCUUGUAUCUACUUGCCUAUACGAAAGGAUACUCUGGACUGGUAUCUCUUGAAUUCAUCGACUCUCGCGGAUAGCCUGCUUUCCUCUACUUCCCUUGUUGUCUCCUCGCUAAAGCCAUCUCUGCUAACACAUUUUAAGCAGGUCGAGUGGAUGCCACAGCCAAAGUACUCUGAAACUCCGUUGAUGCAUGCGGUGACUGUUUUCACGGAUGCAGGGCGAAAAUCACGUAAGGCUUCUGUGGUAUGGAAGGAAGCAGAACAGUGGCGAUCACGCAUACUUGAUGCUGUAGCAGAGGACUCAUUACAAACAUUAGAACUGUUGGCAGUAGUAUGGGCCAUGUCGCACUGGAUGCAUCAACCAAUUAACUUGGUAUCUGAUUCAUUGUACAUGGUAGGAAUUGUCCAACGGAUAGAGGGAGCUCAAAUACGUGAGGUUAGAAAUCAACGAUUGUUUACGCUGCUAUGCAUGCUACAUCGAGCUGUGACUAUGCGCACUGCGCAAUAUGUAUGA